UAAGUUUUAUACAUUUGACAUAUUAUUUGUUUUUAUUGUAGGUCUUAAAACUCUAUGCAUGGGAAAUUCCAUUCAGAAAGCACAUCUUAAAUAUACGAAAUAAGGAGGUGAAACUUAUUAAAAUGUUCUUAUAUUUGAAUGCUGUAAUAGGUUUUCUUUGGAAUUGUGCACCAUUCAUGAUUGCACUAGCAAGUUUUGUAACUUAUGUGUUGAUGGAUGAAGAAAACAUACUGGAUGCCAGCACAGCAUUUGUUUCCUUGACCCUCUUAAACAUGAUAAGAUUUACAUUGAUCCUUCUACCUGAACUGAUCUCCAAUAUUGUCCAGACUAGAGUAUCCCUAGUCAGACUAAACAGAUUUCUAGUAUCAGAAGAAGUAGAUCCCAACUGUGUGGGUGAAUUAGUUGGAGAAGAAGAUGAAGCCAUUAGCAUGGAUGACACUUCAUUAAGCUGGUCAAGGAGCUCUGACCCUAUUUUGAAGGACAUUAGACUGCAUGUAAAGAAAGGACAGUUGGUAGCUGUUGUAGGUCAGGUGGGAACUGGGAAGUCAUCUCUGUUGUUAGCCUUGUUGGGAGAGAUGUAUAAGUUGACAGGAUUCAUAAACCUGAAUGGAUCUGUUGCAUAUGUUCCUCAGCAAGCAUGGAUACAGAAUUGUACUGUUAGGCAAAACAUACUUUUAAAAUCUUCCUUGAACAACAAAUGUUAUCAGGAGUUGUUAGAUGCCUGCUCUCUAAGGUCAGAUUUAUCCAUGCUACCUGGUGGUGACCUAACAGAAAUUGGAGAAAAGGGAGUAAAUCUAAGUGGAGGACAGAAGCAGAGAAUCAGCCUGGCCCGUGCUGUAUACCAAAACACAGAUGUUUAUCUAUUAGAUGAUCCUUUAAGUGCUGUAGAUUCCCAUGUUGCUAAACACAUCUUCAGACAUGUUAUUGGACCUAAAGGGCUGCUACAACAAAAGACUCGACUUCUAGUCACUCACAACUUGUCAGUGCUACCAGAAGUAGAUCACAUAGUGGUUAUGAGAGAUGGCAGUGUUGAAGAAUCAGGCAGCUAUGAUGAGCUUAUGAAGAAGAAAGGUGUGUUUGCAGAGUUGGUAGUCCAGAACCUGGCCAAUGAUGAACAAAAGGAAUCUAUAUUUGAAGAUAAAGAAACAAG